AUGGCGGCGUCGGUGGCAGCCGCAGCUGGACGACUUCGGCGGGCCAUUCGAAGGUCGCCCUCAUGGCGGGGCCUUCGGGCGCUCUCAUCGGAGGCCUCUCCAACCCAGGCCGCGGCCGUCCGGGACGCCUUCCUGAGCUUCUUUCGGGACCGCCAUGGCCACCGCUUGGUGCCCUCCGCCUCCGUGAGGCCCCGCGGCGACCCCAGUUUGCUUUUCGUCAAUGCAGGCAUGAACCAGUUCAAGCCAAUCUUCCUGGGCACUGUGGAUCCACGAAGUGAGAUGGCAGGCUUCCGACGGGUAGCCAACAGCCAGAAAUGUGUGAGGGCUGGAGGACGCCACAGCGACCUGGAGGAUGUGGGCCGAGACCUUUCCCAUCAUACCUUCUUUGAGAUGCUGGGCAAUUGGGCCUUUGGGGGUGAAUAUUUUAAGGAGGAAGCUUGCAGCAUGGCCUGGGAGCUGCUGACUCAGGUCUAUGGGAUCCCUGAGGACCGGCUCUGGGUCUCCUACUUUGGUGGUGACCCCAAGGCUGGGCUGGGCCCAGACCUGGAGAGCAGGGACAUCUGGCUCAACUUAGGGGUGCCUGCCAGCCGCGUGCUCUCCUUUGGGCCCGAGGAGAACUUCUGGGAGAUGGGGGAUACUGGGCCUUGUGGGCCCUGUACUGAGAUACACUAUGACCUGGCCGGUGGGGCAGGGGCCCCCCAGCUGGUGGAGCUUUGGAAUCUGGUCUUCAUGCAACAUAACAGAGAGGCAGACGGAAGCCUGCAGCCCCUGCCCCAGCGGCACGUGGACACGGGAAUGGGCCUGGAAAGGCUGGUCGCCGUGCUGCAAGGCAGGCGCUCCACCUACGACACCGAUCUCUUUUCCCCACUUCUCGACGCCAUACACCAGGGUUGCGGGGCACCCCCUUACUCGGGCCGCGUUGGGGCAGCAGACGAGGGGCACACAGACACAGCAUACCGCGUGGUUGCUGAUCACAUCCGCACACUCAGUGUCUGCAUCGCCGACGGCGUCUCCCCUGGGAUGUCUGGCGCCCCGCUGGUACUUCGUCGGAUCCUCCGUCGAGCCGUGCGGUUCUCUACUGAGGUGUUGCGGGCACCACCUGGCUUCCUGGGCAGCCUGGUGCCUGCAGUGGUGGAGACGCUGGGAGAUGCUUACCCAGAAUUGCAGAGGAGCUCAGCCCAGAUAGCCAGCCUGGUGUCAGAGGAUGAGGCAGCCUUCCUGGCCUCCCUGCAGCGUGGUCGGCGGGUCAUCGAGCGGACCCUGAAGCGCCUGGGGCCUUCCGACGUAUUCCCAGCCGAAGUGGCCUGGUCCUUGUCCCUGUCUGGGAACCUGGGGCUCCCCCUGGACCUGGUGGAGCUGAUGCUGGAGGAGAAGGGGGUGCCGCUGGACACUGCUGGACUGGAGCGGCUGGCCCAGGAGGAGGCCCAGCACCGGACGCUGCAGGCCGAGCCGGUUCAGGAGCAGGGACUGCGGCUCGACGUCCACGCCCUGGGGGAGCUGCAGCGCCGCGGGGUGCCCCCCACCGAUGACAGCCCCAAGUACAGCUACUCCCUGCGACCGGGCGGCGGUUACGAGUUCAGCACCUGUGAGGCCCAGGUGCUCCAGCUGUAUACAGAGGAUGGGACAGCUGUGGCCUCCGUGGGGGACGGCCAGCGCUGCGGCCUCCUCUUGGACAAAACCAACUUCUAUGCUGAACAGGGAGGCCAGGCUUCCGACCGAGGCUACCUGGUGCUGGUGGGCCAGCAGGACGUGCUCUUCCCAGUGGCCCGGGCUGAGGUCUGCGGAGGCUUCAUCCUGCAUGAGGUGGUGGCCCCUGAGUGCCUCAAGGUGGGGGACCAGGUGCAGCUGCAUGUGGAUGAGGCCUGGCGUCUGAGCUGCAUGGAGAAGCACACGGCCAUCCACCUGCUCAGCUGGGCACUGCGGCAGGCCCUGGGCCCCAGCACAGAGCAGCGAGGCUCCCAUCUCAAUCCUGAGCGGCUGCGCUUCGAUGUGGCCACGCAGGCUCCUUUGACCCCAGAGCAGCUCCGGACAGUGGAGGGCACUGUGCAGAAGGCCGUGGGGCGGGAUGAGGCCGUGUACAUGGAGGAGGUGGCUCUGGCACGCACUGCCCACAUCCCUGGCCUGCGCUUCCUGGAUGAGGUGUACCCAGAUCCUGUGCGGGUGGUAUCCGUGGGGGUGCCCGUGGCCCAUGCGCUGCACCCAGCCUCCCAGGCCGCACUGCAGACUUCUGUGGAGCUGUGCUGUGGGACGCACCUGCUUCGCACGGGGGCCAUAGGAGACCUGGUCAUCAUCGGGGAGCGCCAGCUCGUCAAGGGCAUCACCCGCCUGCUGGCCGUCACUGGGGAGCAGGCCCAGCAGGCCCGGGAGGUGGGCCAGAGCUUGGCCCAGGAGGUGGAAGCAGCCGCAGCUCGGCUGAGUCAGGGCAGCCAGGGUGUGGCGGAGGCGCAUCGGCUGUCCAAGGACAUCGGACGACUCACCGAUGCCGUGGACACCGCCACAAUGCCCCAGUGGCAACGGCGGGAGCUUCAGGCCACACUGAAGGCGCUGCAGCGGCGUGCCAACACUGCCGUCCGGAAACUGGAAAUAGGGCAGGCUGCACAGAAAACCCAGGAGCUGCUCCAGCGGCACACAGAGGGGCCCCUGAUUGUGGACACAGUUUCCACGGAGUCCCUCUCAGUGCUGGUGAAGGUGGUCCGGCAGCUGUGUAAGCAGGCGCCCAGCACAUCCGUGCUGCUCCUCAGCCCCCAGCCUCUGGGACAGGUGCUGUGUGCCUGUCAGGUGGCCCAGAGUGCCACGCCGGCCUUCACAGCAGAGGCCUGGGCGCUGGCCGUGUGCAGCCACAUGGGGGGCAAAGCCUGGGGCUCUCGAGUGGUGGCCCAGGGCACUGGAAGCACUGCUGACCUGGAAGCUGCCCUCAGCACAGCCCGAGCCUAUGCCCUCAACCAGCUCUGA